AUGAAAGAAAGCAAAGAGGACGAGAAACAGAUCGGGAUCAUCGAAGUUACCAGCCAUACGCCGGACGACUUUGUCGACUUCACGGAGGAAGAGGAAAAAAAGGUUGUGCGCAAGAUUGACAUGUACGUGCUGCCAGUCAUGUGUCUCGUAUUCUUCGCUCAGUAUCUGGACAAGCAGUCGCUGGCAUAUGCUGUGAUUGUGGGGCUGCGUGAGGAUUUGCACUUGAACGGCCCUCAGUACAGCUGGUGCACUUCUGGCUUCUAUCUGGCCCAAAUGGCCUCCCAGAUCGUGUACAUGUAUCUGCUCAGAUUUAUCACAGUUCGGGUUUUUUUGGGAUUUUUUGAAGGGUGUGUGUCGCCUGCGUUUGUUAUCGUCACCAGCUCGUACUACAAGAAAAGCGAGCAUGGUCUUCGGACUGCCGCGUGGAUCUCUUGCAACGCCAUCACACAGGUCCUGGCCACGUAUCUGUUCUACGGCCUGGCUAAGGGAGAGAACAAUCUGAGCAUGGCCGUGUGGCGGGUGGGGUUCCUGGUGUGUGGGGCAUUCACUCUCGUCGUUGGUCUGCUGUUCUACUUCAUGGUGCCGCUCUCACCUAAAGAGGCCUGGUUUUUGACCGAACGCGAAAGGAUAAUUGCCGUUCACCGUCUAUUGGCCGAGGCGGAUCGUGGAGAGAGAAAGUCGUGGGACUGGGACCAGGCAAAAGAGUGUCUGACAGACUGGAUUGCUUGGUCGUCUUUCCUGUUUGGCCUGAUCACCACCAUGUGCUCCUGUCCGAUCGGGUUCUCGACCAUCAUCAUCAACGGCUUUGGUUAUGACAAGUUCAAGACCAUGGAGUACAGUUCACCGUCCGGCGCUGUGCAAUUUGUGAUGAUCUGGAUCGGCGUGGCCAUGAUCAAAAUCGCACCGAGACAGCGGUGCAUUAUCAUCUGUCUGCUGAUCCUGGUUCCGCUGGCAGGCAACAUCAUGCUGUACAAAAUGCGUUUCAGCGGCGGAUGGGGGGUUAUAGUUGGCGGCUGGCUCGGUUCCUGCAUAACCUCGUUCUACUCCAUCAACCUCAGUUUGAACGCCUCCAACGUCCGAGGAAACACCAAGAAAUCGAUCGUCAACAACCUAUACUACCUCGGCUACUCGCUCGCCGCCGUGGUGUCCGCGCAGUGGUGGAACUACACCGCAGACCCAACGUUUACGGCAGGCAUCAUCGUGGACAUUGUGCUGUGGAUUAUCAUGAUUGCGGGCAUGCUACUGUAUAGGUGGAAGUGCAUUUCCGAAAACAAGCGGCGAGAAUCCAUCAUCGCCAGCGGCCAGGCGGACAACUUCGACGAGUCCCGGGACCUGACAGACCGCCAGGACGUGUACCACAGCAUGUCUUUAGCAGAUUCAGUAUCGUCUCUGAGCUCGCUGCCGUCGGGCUGGAUAGUGCAGAAAUUCGGCGGAACCAGCGUAGGCAAAUUCCCCGAGCAGAUAUGUGAGGACAUCGUGAAAGCGUACAACGAGAGCCACCAGGUGGUGGUGGUUUGCAGUGCCAGAUCCACGCAUCUCAAGUCGGAGGGGACCACCACGCGACUGCUUCUGGCCGCCGAAUAUGCCGCGGAUGAGAAGAAAGAGGAGUUUCUGGAGGUUUUGCGGCUUGUGGAGGCGGACCACGUCAACAACGCUAGAGAGAAAAUUCAAAACCCUGAGCUUAGAGAACGGCUCAUCAAAGAGACCAAGGAGGAGAUCGAGCACGUGACGCGGCUUUUGGACGCGUGUUUGAUCAUCGGCGAGGUCAGUGCCAAGUCGAACGACGUGGUCAUGGCCUGCGGCGAGAAGUUGAGCUGCCGAUUUAUGAGUUAUUUGCUGCAGGACAGAGGGGUCAAGGCGCAGUAUGUGGACCUGUCGAUGGUGGCGUCGGACAUGGAGCUUAGCAACGGGCUCGACGCGCACUCGUACAAGAUGCUGGGCGAGCGGUUUGCCGCAGAGGUGCGCCGGCUGCCUGAGGGCACAGUGCCUGUAAUGACAGGGUUUUUUGGGCUGAUUCCCGGUGGGUUAUUGCGUGCUGUCGGCCGCGGUUAUACCGACCUGUGUGCUGCGCUCACUGCUGUCGGGCUCGCUGCCGAGGAGCUACAGAUCUGGAAAGAAGUGGACGGCAUCUUCACGGCAGACCCGCGCAAGGUGCAAAAAGCCCGGCUGCUGGCGUCGGUCACGCCCGACGAGGCUGCAGAGCUCACCUACUACGGGUCCGAAGUUAUACAUCCGUUCACUAUGGAGCAGGUUAUCAAGGCGCGGAUCCCGAUCAGAAUCAAGAACGUCAUGAACCCGCAAGGGGACGGCACCAUCAUAUAUCCCGACAAUAUUGGUAAGCGUGGCGAGGCGACGCCGCCCCACCCGCCAAUCUCCGUCCAGAACAUUCCUGCGUCCGUCUUCACAAGCAAAAAGACCGCCACAGCCGUCACCGCCAAGUCGGAUAUCGCCGUGCUCAAUAUGCACUCCAACAAGAAGACGCUGUCGCACGGCUUUCUCGCCGGGGUGUUUACUGUUCUGGACAAGCACAAGCUCGUGGUGGACCUGAUUUCGACGUCCGAGGUGCACAUUUCGAUGGCGUUGCACUACACGAAGGAGCUGAAACAUAACUUUGGCAAGGCGCUGGAGGAACUGAGAACAUUCGGCGACUGCGACGUCACCAAGGACUUAUGCAUCGUGUCGCUCGUGGGAAUCCACAUGAAGCAGCUGAUCGGCAUUGCGGGCGCUAUGUUCAAGAUUCUGGCCGAUGAGCGGAUCAACAUUGAGAUGAUCAGCCAGGGAGCCAACGAGAUCAACAUCUCGUGUGUGAUCGACAGCAAGGACGUGAUCAAGGCGCUGAACGCGCUGCACGACCGGCUGCUGCUGCGGGCGUUCACGGGCGGCAGCGCCGUGGACCAGCGGCUCGAGAACCUGAAGCUGGAUGAUGUGAUUUAAUAACCCAAAUAUAAUUUAUUGGUAGC